AUUAUCUUCCCAGCGGAGAUAGCUUAAACAUUAACACUUACUCCAUAGCACAUUAAUAAAUGUAUGGCAACGCGUGCCGGUCCUAUUUCACACUAUUUGAUGCAGGAGAAACGAAACUGAUGAGAAACAAGUCGACAAAAUUCGAUUAGUCGCUCGAAGAAAGUCGGAAGAAGAAAGUGUUUUCAAGUGUAGCUGCAACAAAAUUUGAAAUUUUUCAGUGCAUUUCCUCCUUUAUAAUUAUUGCACUAUUUGAAUCCACAAAUAAAAAAAGAAUUCAUCGUAGAACUGCAACACGCAGGCAAAAACGUAUAAAACAAAAGUACAUUUCAAGUGCAGUGCGUUAAAUUUGUUAGGCGAUUUCUUCGUGAAAACCAAUUGCUAAUAUUUGUCAAUUGUGAAGUGCUUGUGCUGAAUUUGGAAGAAGUAAAAAAGUUAGUUGAAUAAAAAGCUAAAAAUCUUUAAUAAUAUCAGUUUGUUUGUUGAAAAUUUGUACGCAAAGUCUGGAAAUAAUUGCUUUCAUAGUGUUUUUACCGACUGCAGCAAAAGAGAAAUACAUAAAACAGCGGUAGACUGGGCAUUCAAAGGAUAGAACAAAAGCGGUGAAUAUCCUUAUAAUUUCCUUUGUGUACUAUCAAGACAAUUAAAGAGGAGGAAAGUCAUCUAUUGAGUGAGUAAGCGGUUACCCCAACAAGAUGGCGUGGCGCUUUAAAGCAUCGAAAUACAAGAAUGCCGCACCGAUCGUACCCAAACCGGAGGCAUGCAUACGCGACAUUUGUGUCGGCUCCUACCAAACGUUUGGUAAUAACAUAGCCGCCUCAGCCGCAUUCAUGGCAUUCAAUUGGGAACAUACCGGCUCAAGUGUUGCAGUUUUACCGUUGGAUGAUUGUGGGCGUAAGAGUAAAACUAUGCCAUUGCUGCACGGCCACACUGAUACAGUGACUGAUUUGGAAUUUUCACCAUUCCAUGAUGGUCUACUGGCAACAGCGUCGCAAGAUUGUCUCGUAAAAAUUUGGCAUAUACCCGAAAAGGGUUUGGAGGCAUCACUCUCGGAUCCCGAAUGCGUUUUUUCACAUAAGCAACGGCGUGUAGAGACAGUUGGUUUUCAUCCCACUGCCGAUGGUUUGUUGCACUCUACUGCUGUCGGCUGUGUGACGCUCUUUGAUAUAACAACACAAAAGGAAAUGUUUUCUAAUAAUGAACAUCCCGAAGUCAUACAAUCGGUGAGUUGGAAGCAGGAUGGCACCACACUCGCCACCAGCUGUAAAGAUAAGAAUGUGCGUAUUUUGGAUCCACGCAUCGCCGACUCACCCAUUCAAAUGGUCGCCGAAUCACAUCAGAGUAUUAAGGACUCACGCGUCGUUUGGUUGGGCAACCAGACACGUAUAUUGACAACCGGUUUCGAUUCGGCGCGUUUGCGUCAGGUGAUCAUACGUGAUUUGCGUAACUUUGCAGUGCCAGAAAAGACACUGGAACUUGACUGUUCCACAGGCAUUUUAAUGCCACUUUUCGAUCCCGACACGAAUAUGCUCUUCCUUGCUGGAAAGGGUGACACAACCAUUAAUUAUUUGGAAGUGAGCGACAAAGAUCCUUAUCUCACAGAAGGUCUACGUCAUACCGGCGAACAGACGAAGGGCGCUUGUUUGGUGCCCAAACGUGCGCUGAAAGUAAUGGAGGGCGAGGUGAAUCGUGUACUGCAAUUGACUUCUAAUAUGGUCAUACCCAUUAUGUAUCAGGUGCCACGCAAGACUUACCGUGACUUCCAUAGCGAUCUUUAUCCCGAAACUACCGGCUAUAAGACGGAACUAACGGCCAGUGAAUGGUUUAGUGGCGCUAACUUGCCGGUGCCCAAGAUGAGUUUGGAUCCCGCCAAACGCGAAUUAGGCGAUCAGCCGAUCAUUGUGCAUCGUGGUAAUUUGAAUGAUUUAAUUAAAAAUAUUGAAAAUAAAAAAGUAUCAAAUAAAACACCACCACAACAAACCCUUAAAUCACCCAGUAAUCCAAUGGUCGCUGGCAAUGUUGUACAACAACGUAAUGGUGGUACGGGUAAUAAACAUUUUGCAAUGAAAACGAGCAUAGAAAAUGAUAAAGAGGACAUCGUUAAAACAAGCGAAACGGAGAAAACCGAGGAGGAUCACGUUGUUAGUGUGGGAUUUACCAAAUCGGAGCUGUUGCGUAAAUUCGAUAAUAAAUAUAAAACUGAUUCGGAGAAAGAUUGCAAGGAAACAGAAUUAUCACGUCGUUUCAGUCGUGAAUCGCCUGCUGAUGAGUCGACUGGCAGCAGCGAGGAUGCUUCAAUAGCAACUGCUGGUGAUUUAUCUUCACCUUCGCAGCACCAACAACAACAGCGCGAACGUGAGGGUAGUAGCGGUAGUGUUGGUAGUGGUGUAACCUCACCACCACGUCCGAUGCCACGUACCUCGCGCAAUAAUUCACUAGGCGAUGCGGCUACAACAGCUGCAGUUACAGGUGGCGUCGCUGGCGAUGAGGUUACGCCACGUCCACGUCCGCGCACUACAGCGGCAGCCGCUUACAAGCCACGCCUUGGUCCUAAACCCUUCUCUAGCAAUUCAGGCGACGUUUCGUUCGAUAAAGUAUUCGCUGUGCCCGUCGCUCCGGGCUCACAAGAGAAUAUACAUCACGCUUCUACAGCAGGUGGCACAGCUGAUAAUAAUGGCGGUGAUAAUUUUGUUCCGCCCGCAGCACCGACACCAACCGCUACCACAGCACAAAGCAAGCCGGACUUGAUUGUGGAAAUCGAAAUUAAGAAACCAAACACAGAUAACGCCGGUGAUGGCAAUGUACAGAAGACUUUGUCGACCUCCGAACGUCGUAAGUCCUCGGCUGAUGCUGAUGAGUCGCCCGACAAGAUUUUCGAACAAACACACUCUGAAUCCUCAGAGAACUCUACGGAGGGGGACGAUAAACCAGAUGCGGAAUUGAGACGUUUCUCAGCAGCACGCAGCAGUAUUGCUGAGCGUCGUCGUUUAUAUGAGAGUCGUUCGAAGAGUACGGUGGAGGAGAAAUCGCAAUCGCCAGUGCCAUUGCGUCGCGAACUCUCCAAAGGCGAACCUUUUAAGCCACAACAACAGGCCUCUCUGCCCGCUCCAAUAGCCGAUGUAAAACGCAUUUCUGCACCAGAAGGCAAGCUGCUGGAGGAGCGUCGUCGCAAUGUUACUACCGCUGUCGAUGGUGGCGCUGCCAUUAAGAAAUCUGCCACCGAGGCGGCCAUCACAACGACCCAUAAACGCACCUCCACAGUUUUUGGCAAAGUUUCGAAAUUCCGCCACUUGAAAGGCACCACCGGUCACAAAUCGACACAUAUUGAAAAUCUACGUAAUCUAAGUCGUCAGAUACCGGGCGAAUGUAACGGUUUCCAUGCUAAUCAUGAACGUGUCGCCGUACCCUUAUCAGGUCCCGGUGGGAAGAUCGCCAUAUUUGAAUUGAGUCGUCCGGGUCGUUUACCGGACGGUGUUAUACCGUCGUUGGUGAAUGGCAGUAACAUUAUGGAUUUCCAAUGGGAUCCUUUCGAUUCGUCACGCUUAGCAGUUGCUUGUGAUGAUGGCAUUGUGAAGUUAUGGCGCAUACCCGAGGGUGGACUUAAUGAACCGACAAAUACACCAGAACGUGAAUUGAUUGCACAUUUGGAUAAAAUUUACUUCAUACGUUUUCAUCCUUUGGCUGAAGAUGUACUUUUAACCGCUAGCUAUGAUAUGACAGUUAAAUUAUGGGAUUUACGUACUUUGGAAGAGAAAAUCUUACUAACGGGCCACACAGACCAAAUAUUCGAUUUGGCUUGGAGUCCCUGUGGUAAAUUGGCCGCAACUGUUUGCAAGGAUGGCAAAUUGCGCGUAUACAAUCCACGCAAAUCGGAGACGCCCAUACGCGAGGGCAAUGGGCCGGUGGGUACGCGGGGAGCGCGUAUCACAUGGGCGUUGGAGGGUCAGUACAUUGUUUGUACUGGUUUUGAUAAAGUCUCUGAACGCCAAAUAAGCGUAUAUAACGCACAAAAGCUAAAUGCGCCACUUAAUAUGGCCAGUCUAGAUGUCUCCCCAUCCAUACUAAUACCUUACUACGAUGAGGACAGUUCGACAUUGUUUGUGACGGGCAAAGGUGACUCCACCAUUUAUUGCUAUGAGAUUACAGAUGAGGAACCAUAUAUUUGUCCCUUAUCCCAUCAUCGUUGUACUUCACUGCAUCAGGGCUUGAGUUUUCUCACCAAAAAUCAUUGUGAUGUAGCAAGUGUGGAAUUCUCAAAAGCGUAUAGAUUAACCAACACAACUAUUGAGCCAUUAAGCUUCACUGUGCCACGUAUUAAGAGCGAACUAUUCCAAGAUGACCUGUUUCCGCCAACACGUGUCACAUGGAAGCCCACAAUGUCAGCGGAUGAGUGGUUUGCUUGUAAUGAUCGGAAACCAACAAAACUGAGUUUACAGCCUGAAGGCAUGGAAGCAUUAUCCUCCAUACAACAAGUGGCGCCCGCCAAGAAAUUGGAGCAUGCGGGAAAUGGUAGCAGUGGUGGCGCAAUGACACGGGCGGAAUUUGAGAAAAAUAAACAACAAGAGAUUCAAAAAUCCGUGAGUGCCCGCCUGGAAUACAAUACUAAACUGGAGCAGGAUGAUAUGGAGGGUGUCGAUGAAAAUGAGUGGCAAGAAGAUUAAAUAUGUUGAUCAGCAAAAAGGUCAAAUAAAUAUAUUUAUCAAGAAAUAAAUAAAUAUCACGGGCAAAUAAGCAGGCGGCAAACCGUGUAUGUAUGAGGACAUUAGUAGUCAGUUAGCUGUUCAGCGCUGGCAUUUAGCAGUAUGUUACAUUAAGUUAAUGUUUAUGUAUAUGUGAAAAAUAGCGCAGACUUAACAAUAGAGAACUUGAUUGAUAUCGUUUAUAUGCAUAUACAUACAUACAUAUGCAAUUGCAAGUAUUUUCUUACAAUAUCAUAAUUAAAACUGACAUUCUUUUUAAAAUUCACUGAACAUUCACAAGCAUACAUUCAAAACAAAAUAUUUUUUUUUUACAUAUUUACAAGCAACAGUUAAACAACAAAAUAACAAAUAUAUAUAUUUAUAUAUAAACAAUAUCCCUCUUAAAGGGACAGCGAAGAUCUUAAGUGUAUUCCACAAAAAUUAGUAACUAAAAAUUAACAAACUUCCAGGGACAAAAUUGUUUUCAAUCACAAAAAAAGGUAUAAACAUGAAAGACUGCAUAUAAAUGUAUUUAGUUAGUUCAAAAAUAUAUUUAUGUGAACUGUAAACUUCCUUUUAUCUUUUUCUAAACGAAAUUUAGUAUCUAAAUAAACUUAUAAUUUUAAUUAAUACUCAAGAUUUGCCAAAAAUUCGAAAAUUCAA